AUGAGAAUUAAGAUUACUUAUGAAAUAAUUCAUGGACUUUAUUAUAUUCAUUUUGAGAAAGCAAUUCAUAGAGAUUUACAUUCUGGAAAUAUAUUAUAUUCACAAUUUAAUGAUCAUUGGUAUAUUAGUGAUCUUGGAUUUUGUGGACCUGCUGAUAAAUCUUCAGCAAGUAUAUAUGGAAAUCUUCCUUAUAUAGCACCUGAAGUUAUUGUUGGAAGAGAAUAUACUUUUUCAUCUGAUAUUUAUAGUAUUGCAAUUCUUAUGUGGGAGAUUUCAUCUGGACAAACACCAUUUAUAAAUUAUGAACAUGAAAAUGAUAUUGUAAUGAAUAUUAUUAACGGUAUAAGACCAAAAAUUGUGCCAGAAACUCCAUUAGAAUAUAAAAAUUUAAUGAAAGAAUGUUGGGAUGCUGGUCCAUUAAAAAGACCUGACGUUCAUGCACUUUGGGAAAGAAUGAAAAGAUUUAAUUUAGUAUAUCAAAAUAUGUCAGAUGAAUUAUUCAAAUCAGAAAUAGAUAAUUUAGAAAUGAAUAAAGUAGAAGAAAAUUAUAUGAGUAGCAGAUUAUUUACAAGCAAAAUUCACAACUUUAGAAAUCUACCUGAACCAAAAAAUGCAACAGAAGGUAUAAGUGUAUAA